AGCCACCACCACCAUCAUCACCACCACCACCACCGUCGUUAGUGAUCAGAAGCUGCCCUCCUUCAAGCCACACGCCGCCAGUGUAGAUAUCAGCAGCAGCAGCAGUAGCAACGCCACGUGAAAUAGCUUAGCAUUCCGAACUAAUCGAUAGAGUUAAUGGUUUAAUGAGCCGAGCUGCGUCGGUGACACGGUGGUCGCGUGUUAAUUUAGUAAUGAUCAGGGCGGCACGAAGGGAGGAAGCGAGAGUCGGAGCCGCGGAGACAGAGGCCGACGAGUCUGCGUCUGGGACAAUACCGAACAUCGCCAGUGUCUGACCCGAGUGACUUACUGGGGGCUUCCUGACUUGAACUGCCAGCGGAAAGCGUCACGGUCAAGCCCCUUCGCAGAAGAAGAAUCAGCAGAAGCAGCCAACUUCUGCCCGUCAUGGAGCAGGAGCAGCAGGAGAUGGAGGCCCUCCCUGGAGUUGAAGCCACCACCCCCGGCAGCCUGGACCUGAGCAGCGCCCAGGGGGUCACCCUCCUGCUGCUGUUUGCCGCCUCGGCCCUGACGGUGCUGGCAUGGCUCGCUCAGUACUUGGAGCAAGGCGGAGGCAGGCGCCGUCACCUACCUCCUCAUCCUCCUCUCCUCCUAAGGCUCCUUCCCCGAGGACUGCUCGGGAGGGCCGCCACGGGGCCUCGGUCUUGCCUGGGCGGCGUGGCCGACCCGGCGAGUCUCGUGGCCGGACUGGCGGCCGUGCCCAGCUGGGGUGCGGAGUUGGGGCACGCAUGGAUGAGGGCCCUCAAUGAACAGCACGGACACAGGCACGGGAGCUCGCUGCAGAUCGCCUUCGAGGAGGAUGGACCGACCCACGAUGCAUUACGGCUGAUCAACGUGACCUACGGGGACAGCCAAUCGGACAGUAACAUGGCGCUGGUGUGCGACGUGGAGGCGGAGAGCGUGUCGUUCGGAGUGAGCGUUUCUCAGCACCCGCCGGCACCCGUGGCUCUGCGGUCGUUCAUGGCGCGCCUCGCUCCACUCAGCGUCCAGCUGGUGCUGCAGGUGGAGGAGGUGAGUCCGGGACAGGUGCUGCUCACCUGGAAACCCACGACGAAGCCCCAGGGCCUCAGCCUCACCCUCGUGCCCAGAGGGCAGCGGGAGGGAGCAGCGGGUGGCAGUGUGGAUGUGCCCACAGUGACCCAGCUGGUGAAAGACGCCAUCCUGGGCGCCCAGCCGGCCGUGCUGCUCACGCUCAGCCCCUACCGUGCCGCACAAGGCGCUGGGGUCAAGCCGGAGGGGCUGGUGACGUCGCCGCCAAAACCUCCCCGCCUCGUCGACAAGAAGCUGCUGCUGCGGAUACAGUCGGCGACGGGGGCGCCCGCAGGAGCUGGAGAGCUGUGCUGUCACGUGGAGAUGAACGAGCCGUCCCAGCAGCACCGUACGCGCCCUGUCCCUGGCACCACCGCCAGCCACUCGUGGGAGCAGAGCUUCUGCUUUGACCUGAACACGCGCUCCAGGGAAAUCCGACUGCGGCUGCUGGACACCUCCAAGGGAAAGGAAGGCGUGUGCAUCGGCCGUGCGGCGGUGCCGCUGGACGUGGGCAGAGCGCUGCCGUCCGGACGCCACACCCUCACCCUGCUGCCCCCGACGGCAAGCCCGACCGAUCGAACCCCGUCACCCCUGGCAGCGGCCGCCAACGUCACCCUAGAGCUGUGCUACCAGGAGGGUGGGGAGGCGCGCUCCCCAGGGACGCUGGUGGUUUCGGGUCGCCCGGCCGCCACUCCCAGCAAGAAGGUGGAGAUGGAGCGCACGGUGAUGGCGGACGGCACCGUUGUGACCACCGUGACGACGCUGCAGACGCGCGCGGGGCGCGGUACGCCCAGUGACUCGCCGGCUCGCUCGCCCGUGAAGGUCACGGUGACGGAGAAGAACACCGUACAGGAGGAGGGGCCGGCGGCGGGGGAGUCGCAAGGCGGCGCCACCGCCGCUUCCGCCGCGUGCACAGACGUGGCGCUGCAGCACAACGGGAUGGACGCCGUGGCGGAGACGGCCAUCAGGCAGCUGACGGAGUCGGCGCUGCGGAAUACCAAAGCGACGCCCACCAAGCGCAGCACGCUCAUCAUCUCCGGCGUGUCCAAGAUGCCGCUAAUCCAGGACGAGGCGGCCCUCUCGCAACUCUACUCCAUGAACAUGGACGGCGACGACGCGGGGCCCUCUCCGCUUCCGCACCACUACCACCACCACCCCUCCGCCGCCACCACAUCCUCCUCCUCGUUGCCGUCGUCGGUACAGCAGCUGGCGCUGUGCGGCCCACAAUCCCCGCCGGCCGCCAACUCGACGGGAGAUUCGUCGCUGGACGCGGCAACGGCGGCGGCGGCGGCGACGAUCGGGGCGGCGUCGUCCUCUCCGGCAGCGGUGGCGGCGGGAGGGCAGCCGUCCAUGUCGGACGCCGACUCGGAGCGCGGAUCCACUGUGGGCUUCGAGACCGGCAGCCUCAAGGAGCACAAGGCCGGAUUCCUGCACGGUGGACUCUUCCGUCGACGGCACAAGAAGAAAAAGGACGCGGGUCUGAGCCAGUCGCACAACGACCUGCCCAGCAUGGGGCCCGGGCACACGCUGGUCGCGGGGCAGACGCAGACGCUGGGCCCGGGGCUGAGCCACGUGCUGGCCAAGCACCGCAAGACCUACACGCUCUCGCGGCUGCUGAGCAAGCGCUUCAAGGCGAAGCACAGGGAGAACGGCAAGACGGCGGCACCGUAGAGCGGCGCACGGACACUGCGAGGCGACCGGUGCGGACCUCGAGGGCGGGGUGGGGGGGAGGCGGUUGCGAGAACUCUCCGCGACCGCUCCUCGCGCAAGUCCGACGUGACCAGAGAGACCUCAUUGCGGCGCGGCGGUCUUCCGAAAGCCGCGGAUUAAAGUUACCAUUCGCCGUGGGGAAAAAGAAACGGAGCAAAAAGGACAAACGCGGGAGUCGUGUUCGAAGAGGCGAGAACCGCAACGCUCGGGUGGUGUUCGUAAUCGGCCGGCGUCGCUGCAGUUGACGUGGCAAAACGGCGCUUUACCCCCCCCUCCCCUCCCUGGCAUGGCCGGCAGGUCCUGCAUCGGAACGGACGGCUCCGUUUGCAUCACGCCGUGGCUUCUUCCGAGGUUUUGUCUUUUUGAAAGGAAACGAGAAGCGACGUUGCAGGAAGCACAGAGUGUUAUCACUACGGCGUGCGUACGCGCGCAUGGCUUUGUGCCACCCGCAGCUGACUGCACGAGCCCACAUGCUUUACUUUAAAACUAGCACGUAGCGGUGUACGCAGACGUCCUGAGGAUGUCGGCCAAGGCAGCCCAAACCCCCAGCGAGCAGUUACUUUUUCGACACGAUUUCUGCUCUAAACUUUUGACACGAAUAUGCAAACGUAUAGGGGGGCACGCGAGUGAAUCCCCCCACACGUUUUGCGUGGGCAUGACGUCAUUACCUGCGCAAAACCCUUCUGCGUCCGUACGGGGAAACGAGACGUACUCGUGCACCGCACGCACGCGUGUGCAUCUUUGCACAAGCAAUGCGCGAGUUUUCAUUAAGGAACAAUUUACCCAAAGGCAUGCUCAACUCGUUGACGGUGUGAACGCAUGCCAAGUGUUCUUUAAUGUUUUACUACGAGGGACACAAUGUACCCGAUCGUGCACGCAUGCCCUCAACUCAUCCACUACAGAAACGUCUUACUUUGUGUGAGCAGGGUGUGAAUGACCCAGCCCGUCGCACGUAAACUGAGAGCGCACGUACGCACAGUGCGCGCGUGUGUGUGUGCGCGAGCAUUUUCGCCAUCAACACACGCACGCACACACAAUUAGCAGGUGCAUGUUCAGAUGGUAAUCAUUCAUUUUGCACUCCUUUCAUUUUUUCUAAAAGAUGUAAAGGUGCAGUCCUUCAAUUUACUAACUCACUCCAUUGCUGAUGGAAGGGAGGGAGGGAGCUCGCGAGAGCGCCUCCAGAGGGUAUUUGGUCUGUUUUAAAGCUUUCGUGACUGCAGGGAUUCAUAUUCUUGGUUCUUUCGGUAAAGUCACGUAGAAGGGAAAUAAUAAAAUAAUAAUAAAACAAUAAAAUUCUCACGACGUUUCGAUUGCAACUCAAGCAAUCAUCAUCAGAUGUGAAAACCACUGCAAGAAAAUUUUAAAAACCGCCACUUUUUUUCAAAUUGUAUUAUUUCCCUUCUACGUGACUUUACCGAAAGAACCAAGAAUAUGUGGCUCACCCGUUUCGACUGCUGGGUGGGGGGACGAUUUAAGAACUGCCUCCGCCGGGAGAUCAAACUGAACCGGCGACCCCUGUGAUGCAACUCCAGUGCGCUCACCCUUACACCGCGGCGGCACGCGCUCCCCGACGUUAGCGUAGACGGUCACAGACUGGCGACUGCCUCUGUUCGUUUGGCCUGCCUCACUCUCCGAUUGACGCACGUGCGAGCGAGCCCGGUGGGCACCUCUGCUGCGGCCCGGUUGCGGGGCGAUGGAACCACUCCUCUCUAGAACGUUACCCGCGCGCGCGAAUCCCCGAAGGGAGACGGAGGAUGACUCGGGCCGAGGGAUUUCUCUCUCGUUGUUGCCGGCGAUGUGAAGCGGGCUGAGAAGCACCGCGAAAGCGUUACGGCGGAUUGACGGCCGCGCAAGCUCGCCCACGCGAGUUCCCAUUUCCGCCCGUCGCCGAAGGCCGCGUCCGUAUCACCGAGCACGUUGAACUUGUUUCGCGCCGGACUUAGCCAACCGCGAUAAUCUUAAGCGCGGGUGCGGGGGGGGGAAGGACAACUAUCGGCGUAACGCUUUCGCGGCGGUACUCGUCCGCUUCACCUCGCCGUUACCAUCCACCCGGCAGCCUCCCGCGGGGGAGGCGAGCACAACCCCCUCUGGGCUUGCUACCCGCGGUGGCUUGCGCCCCUACGUGCGCACGACAACGCCUCGCGCCCACGUGCGAGAGAGUGUGAGUGUGAGAGCGCCGAUGUGAGAGGUGACUAACACAGGACGCCUGCGCCAGCCUCUCCAAGUGCCGCCCCCCGUAGCUGCUGGGUGCUCGGCACAGAAAAUUCCCCGCCCCCCCCCCUGCCCCCCACCGAGCGUGCCCGUGCAGCCGGCGCUCGCAGGCAACGUUCUCAAACAGGCAGAGGCGACGCCGAAUGGCAGCUUUCAUCGUACGAAUCGCCGCCGCCUCGUGUUGCUCCUGAAGGAGACGAGAAUAGUCGUGAAAAAUACCCAUCAUAUCAAACCUAUAGCCAGCCUGAUAUUCGGGAGAUUUCUUCACGUAUGUAUAUUGUGUGUGUACACAGUCGCUGUGUGUGUUUGUAUAGAUGUAGUACUGUACGUACUUGUCAGACUUAACUCUCCAAAACAAAAAAGUGUCGGCGGUUUUACCUUUACUACAGAGGUUGCGACGUUGCGCCUGUUUGUGAUGCAGUGGCCGGGCAGCCCGCUCUCGGUGUUGUGCUGCGGUGGUUAGGGGUCAGGAGGGUACACAUGUUUUGGGAAGGAGCCGCUCUGUGCAGCUAUGCCUGGAGCGUGCAUCCACGCGACACCGCAGCGUAAUCGAAUGCACAGCCCGAGGGAAAUAACGAUUCGAUGCUUUUCGCGUGCAAACGAGCCUUUUUGACAAAGACUACAUUGUUGACUUGUACGCAGGCAGGAGGAGACGAUGCAGCUGUAGGUGCGACCAAUGCCAAUUGAACGCUCUUAAGUGUCCGUUAAUUCUAUUGGAUACCGGAGCGUGAGCGAUAGUGGGGGGGGGGAGCGGAACGGGCAUGUCUUUGAGUUGACGGGACGGGCAUGUCUUUGAGUUGACGGGACGCGGUACUAAGCCAUAGGAAGGAGAACGCAGCACGUGGAUCGUGGCCGCGGCCCCCCGCGAGUGACGCUCGCGCUCGGUUGGCACGAGGAGGUGGGGGGCUGGGAUGUACGUGGGUGGAUCACGGCAGUCUCGGUGAAACGAAGAGAAAUCCCGUCACAACGCAUCAUGCGGAAGUGGGGGGGGGGGCACGCAGGCAGUGGAGGGAUGCGUGUUUUACACACGACACCAGUCUGGGGCAACUGCGUCCAUGUGCUCGGACUCGUGUGCCAGUACUACUUGGGGGGGCGGUUGCUCACGUGAGCGAUGAUUGCGUGGUCUUCCAGUUCACCGUGGCCGCUCUCCGGCAGGCGUGACGCUCGUCGCGUUUUUCCACACCGUCUACUUCCAAUGCCUCUUCGCCCUUUUCCAAACAGUGCUUUUUUUUGCAUUGUGUUUUUUUUUACUAUUGUAAUGGACAAUAUGCACUUCUCUUGAACAGUGCAUAUUGGCGUCGACCUAUAUCAUGUAAUCGUUUAUUCAACACGACGCAAGGCAGAGUUGUCGAAUAACAAGCGGGGAGUCGGUUUUUUAACGGAGGCGUGCGAUAACGUGUAUCGGUCCAUUUAAUCGGUGGGAGGGGCGGUGGUUGUCGAUUCAUAACAGAUGCACGAACACAUACCCACUUCUGAAGACGUUGUGAAUAUUAUUGAUUUUUCUAAAUCCAUAUCUGGUGAGCUUGUAAAGAUAUUCGCAUUGAUCGCUUUCAGAAUUGUCGGAUUAUAAACCACCCAAGAUCAUGCCACUUAAACAUCUCAGUCACAGAAGCUGUGAUAUUUCACCAACCUUAGCAUAUUGUGCAAUCUCCCGUCCGCAUUGGGAUUUCAUUUUUUUUAUCAUAUGCAUAUGCUGUUGGGGAAUUUUAACAUUGCACUGAAACCUUAAUAUGAACAAAACAAUAUAAUAAAGUUGACGUUGAUUAUUUUCUUUUUUUAACUUUACAUUUGCAACUUCUCACAUUUAUCUCGUCAAGUCUGUUGUGUUUGUUUUGAUGUGUGGUUUUGUUUCGGCAAUGUUCCCAGUUACGUCAGUGCUCAAUGUUCCCCCCCCCACACCCUGCUUUUGCCGUACGAAGUAUGGAAGAGUAUAAACCUCACGUAGCGGAACGCUAACCCAUCCUGCUUCCCUGCUCCGUUUCUCCCGGUGCAUGUGGAAUAGAAAAUGUGCUGCUCCUUAACAUGUUCAGAUUUAAGCCCCCCCUCUCUCUCUUGAGAGAUAGAGCAAGAGAGAGCUGCAGUGAUUACCGACGGGCUUUAAAGGUGCACGCAUUGGUGGCCUUUUGUCGAAAACCAUCGUCGUCACACGCAAAGUUGUGCCGUGGCGAACUUUCGUAAGGUGGCAUCACAGAGACACACGUGGCCAGUGAGGGAAUAUCUUGUGAUCAAAUGUUGAAAUUCCGGUGGUUUAAGUUAAUAUUAUCUGUGGGUUUUUUUUCGUCUUUAAAUGUUGAAUGUUGUGUUGUUCGGGGUAAGCACUAUGGCUAGUCAUCGCCACUGCGACUGGGGGGUUUAUGAUGCCUUGGCUGUCGGUAUUUUUAGGAUGGAGACCGAUGGCAUGAAUUGUACCCCAAAAUGGCCUGGCCGGGCGUUGAGGCUUGCUUGCGUCGAAAGAGUGAAUUUUGUACAUAAAUAAAUUAAAUACUUCAAAAUGGGUUCAAUAUGGUAUACCAAUUUAGAAAUUAGUCAACUGUAAUUUUU